CAUUUACAUGAUUCAAUUUAAGUUCCGCCAGGUUGAAAUCCCACCAGGUUUCGACAUACACCAUUUAGGUUGCAUUGGUGGCUGUGAUGAUACUCUCAGACAGUUGAUAGAAAUAUGUGGAACUGGUUCCCGAAUGACAGCUAGAAGCCAAGGUUCUACUCCAUCCAACAAUCUACAACAAAGCAACAUGAGGCAAGUGGCUUGCAUGUACUGUCAGCAAAGAGGGCAUCCUUCAAGUGAUUGCCCUUCACACCAAUCAGGCUCAGGAAGUGCUUUCUCCUAUCAAAUGAACCAAGAAAGCA